AUGUUUUCCGGGUGGAGCGGGGUGGCUCAUGGCUUAUAUAUGCUCUUGAAUAUCUGUUCUCUCAAAGUUGCAGGUGGACUUGUACAGUCAUGUGGUCACAUCAGCCCAGAGUCUCCAGUGCUGGCCCUUGGCUCCAGUUUCACAGCAUUAUGCAUUUUGAAUGAGAGCUGUCUUGACUUUGGCAACAUUUAUGCUAAUCAGAUUAUCUGGAAAAUUAAAAACAGAGUGGUACCUAAAGAACAAUAUCGUGAAAUAAACAGAACAGUUUCCAGUGUCACAUUUAAUGACACUUCUUCACUAGCUACUCCUCUGACAUGCAACAUUUUAGCAGAUGGACAGAUUGAGCAGAAUAUUUAUGGAAUUACAGUCACAGUGGGCUUGCCCCCAGAGAAGCCCAAGAACUUAAGUUGCAUUGUGCAUCAGUUGUCAAAACUCACAUACCCUAUGACUUGUACCUGGAACCCUGGAAGGCAUACGUUCCUGGACACCCACUUUAGAUUGAAAAACAGAUGGACACAGGAGACCUUUCCUGACUGUAUACCGAAAGGUGUAAAUAAUUCUUGUACUAUUCCCGAUGUCCAGUUCUUUGUUAACCUGGAGAUCUGGGUAGAAGCAGAAAAUGCUCUUGGGAAGGCUGAAUCUGAUCCUCUUGUUUUUGAUCCCAUUGAGAUUGUUAAACCUCUGUCUCCACACAACUUAUCAGUCAACUCUGGAAUACUACCCACUGUUCUGAAGCUUUCCUGGGAGAAUCGGAUUUGUACAGCUGUGAUGAAGCUGAAAUUUAACAUUCGCUACAGGAUCACUGGUGACACAAACUGGGUGCAGGUUCCUCCUGAAGAUACAGCUUCACCAAGAACUUCAUUCAGUGUUCAAGGGCUCAGACCCUACACAGAGUAUGUCUUUUCAGUCCGUUGCAUGAAGGAAGAUGGAGUGGGCUACUGGAGUGACUGGAGUGAAGAGAAGACUGGGGUCACCACUGAGGAUAAACCAUCUAAAGGACCACCCAUCUGGAGGAUCAUUGAUGCGUCUUGCUCAUCAGCUUCCCGGACUGUGCAUCUGAUGUGGAAGGCAUUGGAGCCAUUUGAAGCCAAUGGAGUAGUCUUGCAUUAUGAAGUAACUGUCAGAAGUAAAUCCUCUCUGUCCAGUCCAGCAGAGAAAUACACUGUUAGUGGUACCAACCUUACAUUAAAGCUGCCAAAUGGAACUUACGAAGUGACUGUGGUUGCCCAUAACAGUGCCGGGGCAUCCCCUCCAUCAGUUUUACUCAUCCCAGCAAGUAAUUCAAAAGCUCCUGUGAAGAAUCUUAGAACACUACCUAAAGAUGGCAAGUUGUGGGUAGGGUGGACUGCUCCUAACAAUUAUGUUCUUAAAUAUGUGGUUGAAUGGUGUCUGGUGUCCAACAGCUCAGACUGCAUCAUAGAAUGGCAGAAUGAACCAGGAAAUGUGCAAGGAACAUACUUAAAAGGUGAUAUAAAGCCAUUCAAGUGUUACCUGAUAACUGUGUACCCUCUGUAUGCUGAUGGACAAGGAAGUGGACAGUCUGUGAAUUCUUACCUUCUUCCUGGAGGUCCUUCAAAAGGACCCACUGUUCAAACCAAAAAGGUGGGAAAAGCUGAAGCUGUUUUGACAUGGAACCAACUCACAGUGGAUGAACAAAAUGGAUUUAUCAGAAGUUACACCAUAUUUUACAAAACUAUUGAUGGAAAUGAAACAGCUGUGACAGUGGAUCCUUCCAAGACGGAGUAUACCCUUUCUUCUCUGACAAGUGACACGCUGUAUACUGUGCGGAUGAUGGCAUACACGGAUGAAGGAGGCAGGAGUGGUCCUGAUUUUACAUUUACUACUCAAAAAUUUGGGAAAGGAGAAAUUGAAGCCAUAGUUGUACCUGUGUGUCUCGCAUUCCUGUUGAUUGUGCUUCUUGGGGUUUUGUUUUGCUUCAAUAAACGUGACUUAAUUAAAAAGCAUAUCUGGCCUAUUGUCCCUGAUCCAUCCAAAAGUAACAUUGCUCAGUGGUCUCCUCAAGUUCCAGCUAAGCAUAACUUUAGUUCCAAAGAUCAGAUGUACCCUGAAGGCAGCUUUACAGAUGUAAGUGUCGUAGAAAUAGAAGCUGAUGACAAGAAGUCUCUUUCAGAACAGGAUCUAAAGCCCUUUGACUUGCUUAAAAAGGAGAAGAGUACUUCAGAAGGCCACAGCAGCGGUAUUGGAGGAUCCUCAUGCAUGUCUUCUCCUAGGCAAAGUGUCUCUGACAGCGACGAAGGCGAAACUACACAAAACACUUCAAGCACUGUACAGUAUUCAACCGUAGUACUUAAUGGCUACAGAGACCAAACUCCUGUCCAAGUCUUUUCAAGGUCUGAGUCGACUCAGCCACUGCUAGAUUCAGAAGAGAGAUCAGAGGAUCACACUGGAGGAGGUGACAGCACAACACAGAGGCAGCAGUAUUUCAAACAAAGUGGUGGUCAGGAUGAAACUAACACAGACAGGCCAUGCUUUGAAAGAGCAAAGCUAAUUGCUUCUGCUAAUGAGGGAGAUCUUGCUGGAUUUGCACAACUGCAGAUCUCAGGUCAGAGUUCACAGCUGGUGGGUCUUGGGCUGGAAAAAAAUAUCCAGGAAGCUGCUCUGUCAGAUGUUGUACAGACAAGUACUGAAGGACAAACUGUGAGACAUGAAACAAUGGAGGGAAAUCCACCAUCAGUUGAUGAAAUGCCAAAAAGUUACCUCCCACAGACUGUAAGGCAAGGGGGCUAUAUGCCUCAGUGAGAGAAGAGACUGGCUCUGUUUAGGCCUUCAUUAGUGCCUGUUCACACUUUCUCCUGUGUUUCUGAUAAAUUAAGCUAGGUAUUUUUAUCUGAAUACAGAUGAAAAUAUUGAAAUUAAGUGAAGAGUGAUUUGACAAAGUACAAUAAGGACUGUGUUUUGUGAAAAAUUUGCAGCCCAGACCUACCAGAGACUUAAACUUUUAUGCACUACAUAAAAUCUUAUGUCUGGGUAGCUGAACAAGCCUUUGUGCUACCUUGGGAUUUUUGUUCCUUGUCAUAUCAGAUUCACACAUGAUUGAAAAUGGCAAGUUUCAAUUAAUCACAUCGGCCAAUAGACCUUCUAGAAGAAAUGCUUCAGUUUGUGACAGUGUACAAAAAAAAAAUGCCAGCUUUAGUUGCUUGGAGCAU